GUUGUCUAUACCCGCUGGGCGUGAACAAAAUCUAUGUCUCUUGACAACAGGUUUAGAUGGACCCUGUGUUGUACAUGAUCAGGGUUGUACAGUCUGUCGAUUAGAGAGAAUGCCGUUUGACUUCUCUAUGCGUAGACAUCGGCCUUCACUAAUCCGACUACCAACAUCCUGGCUUAGGCAUCUGUGGUACUUACCUACAGCGUUACGUCAUACGCGCCUGGCCAAUCAGCUGUUAGUUUCUUUUGGUAUGAAAUAGCUACCACAAUGUCGAUUUAUGACACCACCCAAAGCACAUAGAUGGAGCCGCCCAAAUACACACCAGGAAAGCCCACGGUAACUUGAUAUGGGAUCUCAUAGGUCAUGGCUAUCACAUCAAUACCGGCAGCAAAACGCCGCCGCAUCACGGCCGCCAAUGACACCCUCAGGAAGCCCUUCCGCUCGCCCCUGAUCAGCCGACCAGGGCCGACGACACCCUCCUCGGGGUCCCCCCUCAGCGCGGUAGCCAACCCCGCGCGCCAUCCGGCGCCUUACUCGCCCUCCACGGGGACGCCGUCGAGGCGGCGGGCCGCCGUCAGGCCCUUGCGGGUCGGGGUGGCCAGGCGCGGUGGCGGGAACGCCAGCAAGGACAACGACGACGACGACGACGACGGGGACGAGGACGGGAUCCUGGCCGCGAUGCGCAUCCGCGGGAGGGAGGCGGACGCGCUCCUCCGCGCGGCCGAGGCGGAGCUGGAGACGGCACGGCAGGCCGGGCGGAUCGAGGCGCGGGCGCGGGCCAGGAGGCCUGGCGAGGGGGAGGGGGGAGGGGCCGAGAUGGGGGAGCUGGUGGAGAGGUGGAGGGAGGCGGGGAGGCGGGCGGCCGACGAGCUGCUGGGCCUGAUUGCCGACCGCGUCGCUGGGAUGGGGGGCGCGAAGGUGUGGAGGGAGUCGAGGAGGAGGCAGGCGGAGUUCUUCCGGGGGAUGGAUGGGGAGGAGGAGGAGAGGAAGAAGGCGGAUGCCAGGAGGCGGGCUGCUGCGGUGGGGGAGGAGGAGGGCGGAAGGGGUGGUGGGGAGUACCGGGAAGGUCAGGAAGCUGCUGAGGAAGACGAGGAAAAGGAGGAGGACGCUGAGGAUGAAAAGAAGUUUACGAUGCACAUGAUGCUCAGGAGUCUCAACAUCGACCCGGAUAUUCUGGGAUACGAUCCUGUUGAAGACAGAUGGCGGGAGUGAUGCGACUUCUAAGCACCUUGCCUCCCUCCCUACGCCUUCAAGGAAUUCAUACAGCUGUGCUUAUACCCAAUACUACGAAG